AUGACCACCCAGGAUAAUGCAGAACAGAGCAAUGCCGCUCCGCCACGCACUGAAAAACUCGACUCAGCUUCGUCUGACCCCUUCUUUCGCGUACGUCUCAUCAACAUCGACCAUGUCCUGACCGUGCCAACUCCACUGGAUCGUACGCAAUGUGCCUUCAAUGCGGAAGGUCAAUCCCUUAGGAAGGUCCCCAUCCUGCGCAUCUUUGGCGCUACGCCCGCAGGUCAACGUGUCUGCUUGCACAUCCACAAUGUCUAUCCUUACUGCUAUAUACAAUACAAGGGCUCGCUGGAUCCCGAUGAUGUGCUCAGAUACAUUCAUCGCCUGGGCAGGGAGCUCAAUGCUGCCAUGGCCGCCUCGCUGCGCCGCAACGCAGAUGACCCCGAUGCCAGCCAAUUCAUUGCUGCCAUACACCUCUGCAAAGGCGUCAACUUUUACGGCUACCACGUCGGAUACUCGUACUUUCUCAAGAUCUCCUUUGUGGACCCAUCUCACAACUAUCGUCUAGCAGCGAUCCUCGAAUCGGGGGGAGUCAUGAAGACCGUCUUCCAGCCAUUCGAGAUCCACAUCCGCUACCAGCUGCAGUUCAUGCUCGACUACAACAUUUUCGGUUGCGAUUACCUCGAUCUUGAUGAUGUGCGAUUUCGUCUUCCCAUCCCUGAAGGCAGCACCAUCGCAAGCGAUGAUCCUUCCCCACUCGACUUUCGCAGCAAGGUCUGGAAUCGCAAUUCGAUCCCUUACGCCCAUGUCCAAGCCGACCAUGUCCACCGCGGGACGCACUGCGAGCUCGAAGCGGAUGCAAGCGCUCCCUGGAUCAUCAACCGUCGUCGACUCAAGCAGAGGGACAUCCACAGAGACUUUGACGAGCCUCCCAGCGCCUCGCCAGACCAGAACAUACUUGUUCCCAGCUUGUCCGGCCUGUGGGAGAGUGAGAAGAUCCGACGAAGUGCAGCUGGAUUACCCGCAUCCGUACCAACAGAGGACCCAGCACGAGAUCCGCGAACCUUUGCCACCGGAGAAUCUCCAACGUGGAUGUCCGAGGAUCGUAUGCGACUGCUGCUCGAAAAGCGCCUCCUUGACGAAAAGCAGAAGACGCUACCACGCGAGCGCAAUGCGGGCCACUUUACCGAUCGACCAGGUCUGGAUCAGUACAUCAUGACCACCUUUGACGCCGUCGAGGUCUUCCAUCCGUAUCAAGAUCAGAUCUAUGCUGCUGAUCCCUACUCUCUGCGAAGAGGUCCUUCUGCAUCCUCGAAAAUGUACGAUCUGCAGCAUGCCAUUUCGCAAACGCAGCGAGGCGUUUCGGACGAAAUGGAUCCUACCCAGUUGACGCAGCAGCUUAAAGAACAAGCCGACGAUUUUGAUACCAAACUUUUCAAGAGCCAAGAAUUCAACCAUAGGCUGCAGCAGGCAGAGAAAGAAGACGUCGCAGCUAUUGUCGAUCCUCCUUCUGAUCACGAAGAGGAGCAACAUGAGGCGGACCUCGCCGAGCAACCAGACGCCCAAUUUAACGGACCGACCACGCCGCGCAAAUGGCUGAGGACAGACAGCUCUCACUCCAAUUCGAAUAUGUCGACAGACAGCACUUUCAGCAAAAGUCCGUCUUCUACACCAAAGAAGCGCCAAAAUGCUGAAUUGCACGCGGGCGAUACGACAACGCCCACAGUAAGCCCGUCAUGCAGACUGUCAAAGGAGAUUCUCGAGGACAGCGUCCGCAAGUUCAAGCAAGCCAAGCACCAUCGCUCAACGGCCAGUACGAACGGAACGAGGGAAAGUCGCUCAACUGCGACUCCGGAGCUUGGCCGCUCGACCAAGGUCAGGUUCGCUGAGGCAGCUCCGUCGCACUCACGACAAGAGACACAAAAUUAUGGCCGGAUACAGGCACCUAGCAACUUCGUGCCACGUAGGCGACUCUUGACUUUCCAUGAGCCAGCCCCUUCUGUUCGCACCGUCGUCGAGACCUUCUCACUCUUCUCCAUCGUACGUGAGGUUCAUCCAGAACCAUUUUUCAGCGACCCAAAGGAUGUACCUGCUCGUCCAAGAGAGUAUGCUGGCCGCAUGUUCCAAUUUCAGUCUCGCACACUACCUUACCUGCGCCCCUUCGAGCAUUGGCACCCGUCUGCUGCUCCCGUCGUGUCCCAAGGCAAGCCGCCACGACAUCGACAUUGGCAGUACGGACCACCGCCCCCAACGAUGCUCGAAGCACGCGCUUGGCGACAAAAGGAGAAGGUUGUCGAGAAGCAGCGCUCCAAACGACGCCGAGCCCGUCUGCUCUCCCAGAUCGAGAGGCUGACUCAGUCCAACGACUUUGGCUUCAAAAUAUCACAGCACAAGGCGACGUCGCUCGUCAUGCGCGACAAGCAGCACAUGACGACGCUUGCUGUCGAGGUGCUGACCACCACGCGCGGUACCCUCUUCCCCGAUCCAGCAUUUGAUGCCGUGCAGGCCAUCAUCUACACGUUCCAGAACGAAGACGAGAAUCUCCAGGAUACGGGAAGUCGUGCAGAUCUCCGCACUGGUCUCAUCGUGGUCGCCGCAGACAACGUCCACGUCGACCGUCUUGGACUGUCACAUCUGGCUCUCGAGGUAGUCGAAGAUGAGCUGGAGCUCUUCAACACGCUCAUCGAUCUCGUGCGUGCCUUUGAUCCCGAAAUCAUUGUCGGUUGGGAGAUCCACUCAUCUUCGUGGGGCUACAUCAUCGAACGCGCCUCGAAAGAGUACGACUUCGAUCUCGUUCCCCAGAUUGGACGGUCGAUCGUGCACAACACAGGCCGAGCGGGCGGCAAGGCGGACAACUACGCCUAUACCCAGUCGUCUGCCCUCCGCAUCACCGGCCGACACACGCUCAAUCUUUGGCGACUCAUGAAGGGUGAGCUGACCCUCAACCUCUACACGCUCGAGAACGUAUGCUACCACCUGCUGCACCGUCGUAUACCCAAAUUCUCGCAUCAGACGCUGACGCAGUGGUUCACCUCGGGGCGUGCAGAGCUGAUCAGAAGGGCGCUGCUCUACUACGUCGACAUGGUCGAGCUGGAGCUCGAAAUCAUUACUGAAUCGGAAUUUGUGCUGCGCACCGCCGAGUUUGCCAGGAUCUACGGCAUCGAUUUUUUCUCGGUCAUUUCCAGAGGAAGCCAGUUCAAGGUCGAAAGCAUCAUGCUCCGUAUCGCCAAACCGGAAAACUUCGUGCUCAUCUCGCCCAGCAGGGCACAGGUGGGCAAGCAGAAUGCCGCCGAGUGCCUGCCGCUCAUCAUGGAGCCGCAGUCUGCUUUCUACAAAGGACCGCUACUUGUGCUCGAUUUCCAGUCGCUCUAUCCUUCCGUUAUGAUCGCAUACAAUCUCUGCUACUCGACCUGCCUCGGCCGUGUCGCCGGCUUCAAGGGGACAAGCAAGUUUGGCGUCACUGAAUACGCACCGCCAAAAGGACUGCUGAGUCUGCUCUCAGACCACGUCAACAUUUCGAGCAACGGUCUGCUGUUCGUUAAACCAGAUGUGCGCAAGUCGCUGCUGGCCAAGAUGCUGUCAGAGAUUCUCGACACGCGCGUCAUGGUCAAAGGGUCGAUGAAGGGUACCAAAGCUGACAAGUCGUUCCAACGCAUCCAGAAUGCACGCCAGCUCUCACUCAAGCUGCUUGCCAACGUGACCUACGGCUACACCUCGGCGAGUUUUUCAGGACGUAUGCCGUGCGUCGAGAUCGCCGAUGCCAUCGUGCAGACGGGAAGGGAGACGCUCGAAAAAGCCAUGGAUUUGAUCAACGGCACAGCGGAGUGGGGCGCACAAGUCGUGUACGGCGACACCGACUCUCUCUUCGUCUACUUGCCCGGCAGAACCAAGGAGGAAGCGUUUCGACUGGGCAACGUCAUUGCCGACAAAGUGACAAGCCUUAACCCGCGUCCUGUCAAGCUCAAGUUCGAAAAAGUGUAUCUGCCGUCGGUACUUCUAGCCAAGAAACGAUACGUCGGCUUCAAGUAUGAAUCGCUUGACGAGCGGGAGCCUGGCUUCGACGCCAAAGGCAUCGAGACGGUCCGGCGCGAUUUCCACCCAGCUAUUCAGCGCAUGCUUGAGGCCUGCAUCCGAAUCCUGUUUCGGUCGCGCGAUCUGAGCAUCGUCAAGAGCUACCUCCAACGACAGUGGCGAAAGAUCCUCGAAGGACGGGUGAGUCCGCGAGACUUUAUCUUUGCAAAGGAGGUGCGUCUCGGGUCGUACAGCGACAAAGUAGCACCGCCGCCCGGAGCUGCCGUGUCGUCGAGACGCAUGCUGGCCGAUCCACGCUCCGAGCCGCAGUAUGCAGAGCGAGUGCCGUACAUCAUCUCCCAAGGCGAGCCUCGGGCCAAGUUGAACCAACAGGCUGUGUCGCCCGAGGCAUUCCUGCGCAAUCCUCAGCUGCAGAUCAAUGCGCUGUACUACAUCACGCGCACCAUCAUCCCGCCUCUGGCUCGGGUGUUUAAUCUCCUCGGCGCGGACGUGGAAGCGUGGUUCCACGAGAUGCCCAAGCCCAACAACGCCUCCUGGAACAAACGACCCACUGCAGCGCUACUAAGCGCAGUUGUUGCUCAGCAGGAACUCAGCGAUCCGACGGCAGAAGCAGGAGCCGACGAGCCGUCUUCAUCGCCGAAACCGGCAACACGAAGCGCGAACAGCGCGGCAAUAGCGACGCUCAACUCACACUACGCCACCGACACGUGUCUGCUGUGUUCGUCGCGCACCGAAGCGCUCGUCUGCCUCGACUGUCGACAGUCGCCCGGUGACAGCAUCCUCGCGGCAACGUCGAAGCUGCACAAACUGGAGACGCAGGCAUCGGCCAUCGACCGGAUCUGCUCGACCUGCGCCGGCAUGGAACGCCCCGGCCCCGUGGACUGUGUCAGCCUCGACUGCCCGUACACGUAUCAGAAAACCAAGCUGCACAAGUCGCUCCAAGACACGGCACUGGUGCAUACAUAUCUUUCCCGCCUGCUCGACUCGGACUCACAACACAUGGCGGCUGUUGGGGACGCUUGGACAGGCGUUGGGGAUCUCAAUGACGAAGCUUGA